CCACCAGCAGACGCAAGCGCACACGCCACUCAUCACCGCGUAUAUAAAUCUCCUCCUCCAACCCUAGCGCCCACCACUCCACAGGUGCUGCGCCGCCGCCGCCUUCACCUCGACGUCUCGCCUCCGACGACGCCAUGGGGAGAAGACCGGCUAGGUGCUACCGCCAAAUCAAGAAUAAGCCAUACCCAAAGUCACGGUACUGCCGUGGUGUCCCUGACCCCAAGAUCAGGAUUUAUGAUGUUGGGAUGAAGAGGAAGGGAGUUGACGAGUUCCCCUUCUGCGUCCAUUUGGUGAGUUGGGAGAAGGAGAAUGUUUCCAGUGAGGCUCUUGAGGCUGCCCGCAUUGCUUGCAACAAGUACAUGACCAAGAGUGCUGGGAAGGAUGCCUUCCACCUGAGGGUCAGGGUCCACCCAUUCCAUGUCCUUCGUAUCAACAAGAUGCUUUCAUGUGCUGGGGCUGAUCGGCUCCAAACUGGAAUGAGGGGUGCUUUUGGCAAGCCUCAGGGUACCUGUGCUCGUGUGGACAUUGGUCAGGUCCUCCUUUCUGUGCGCUGCAAGGACAACAAUGCUAUUCACGCUGAAGAAGCCCUCCGCCGUGCCAAGUUCAAGUUCCCUGGCCGCCAAAAGAUCAUCCGCAGCAGGAAGUGGGGUUUCACCAAGUUCAACCGAGCUGAGUAUCUCCAAUUCAAGAGUGAGGGUAGAAUUGCGCCUGAUGGUGUCAAUGCUAAGCUGUAUGGUGUCCACGGUCCCCUUUCCAAGCGUGCCCCUGGGAAGGCGUUCCUCGCGGAGAACAUUCAAGGGACUGCAUAAUCUCUUCUGCUGAAUUGAUCUUGAGAGUUUUUUGUUUAGAUAAUCUAAUGUUGCAUGCUAGAACUCAACUGUUAAGUAAUGGUUAUCUGUCGCAGCAUGAUCUACUUCUAUAGGUCUGUUUGAUGCGAAGGUUUACAUACUCAUAACAACUUGUUUGAACCCAUCCUAUGUAUUGUUAUCAACAGGGCUACAUCUCAUUCGUAUCGUCAUGCUUUAUUAUACUUUGUUUUAAUGUAUCAGUAUAUUUUUGUAAUGCAGCAAUUCAUGCGUUGCCUUUGA